GGGCGACACGUGUACAAGUUGUCCCCGGGCUGUUUGAACAUCGUGCAUCCUCAAUCAGCUCGUACCUGCAAUGCCAGCCGUUUCGCCAAAAUGUCAUGUCCGCACCCGUGCCUGUUGCUACGUACAUUCCAGCGUGACCACCAUAUCAUGUCCGUAAUGCCCAGGCCGGCCUUCCUCCAACCUGGUCCGACGGCCGGAACCCAGACGGAAGGCACCCCAAAAGCACGCGUACAAGCUGAGCGGUGCUUCCCGAGAUAUAAAACGAAGCAAGAACCAUCGUCACCCGCCCACGGAUAUUCUUCCCAUCGCACAAAGUCCUACAUUUAAAGACCUGGAUCCUGCCCCCGUGCAGCUCACCGAAUGAGACUCUCUGACAUCUUCCGCCGCCUUUUGUCUUACUUCUUCUCAGCCCACUCCACCACAGAAACCAAAGAAGCCCAACAACAACAACACACGUCCCAGUCCCCAGCUUCUUCAAGCACAACGAUUCCCAAACUCCCCACGACUGCCACAGUCACCAGCUCCUUAACAAGCAUGCCUGGACUUACUUCCCACGAUGGUACCAGCAGCAAGUACGACCAAAUCCCGGGUCCCCUCGGGCUGGCAUCGGCUUCGCUGCAGGGCAAGGUGGCUCUUGUAACUGGUGCCGGCCGCGGGAUCGGCCGGGAGAUGGCACUCGAGCUCGGACGUCGCGGCGCCAAGGUGAUCGUCAACUACGCCAACAGCGACUCGGCCGCGGAGGAGGUGGUCAGCCAGAUCAAGAAGAACGGGUCGGACGCGGCGUGCAUCAAGGCCAACGUGACGGUGGUCGACGAGAUCGUGCGCCUGUUCUCGGAGGCGCGCGAGACGUUUGGCCGCCUCGACAUCGUCUGCUCCAACAGCGGCGUCGUCUCGUUCGGCCACGUCAAGGAUGUCACGCCCGAGGAGUUUGACCGCGUCUUUAGCGUCAACACCCGCGGCCAGUUCUUUGUCGCCCGCGAGGCCUACAACCAUCUCGAGGUUGGUGGCCGCCUGAUCCUCAUGGGCUCUAUCACGGGCCAGGCCAAGGCCGUCCCCAGGCAUGCUGUCUACUCGGCGAGCAAGGGCGCCAUCGAGACGUUUGUGCGGUGCAUGGCUAUUGAUUUCGGCGACAAGAAGAUCACCGUCAAUGCUAUCGCGCCCGGCGGCAUCAAGACCGACAUGUACCAUGCCGUGUGCCGGGAGUACAUCCCCGAUGGCGGAAAGCUUGAUAACGAGGGUGUUGACGAGUACGCUGCCGGCUGGUCUCCGCUCCACCGGGUCGGCCUUCCCAUCGAUAUUGCGCGGGUCGUGUGCUUCCUGGCGUCGCAGGAUGGCGAGUGGGUGAAUGGCAAGGUCAUUGGCAUCGACGGCGGUGCUUGCAUGUAAAGUGGUAUACAGGGAGGUUUCUGCUUCAAAGGAAUGUUUUAUCGAACUUUUUGGGACAAUUCUUACAAUUCCGGCGGCAUUGAUAUGGAGGAUGUGUGGGAACUGCCAAUAGAGGGAGACGACGCGGGUGGAAGGUACAAUGGGAAUGUGUUAGGCCAGCUUCCUCUACCGGGGAGAAAUACAAGCUGGUACAGGAAACGUGAUGACAA